AUGUCAGCGAAAUGGCUGGAGGACCAUGAUGAAAAGAAGGGUUGGAUAGUUAAAGCCGUGGAGAGGCUUAAGGAGGUUUUGCCGUACGGGGGGCACAAGGAGAAGGAGACCUGGUCGAUGUACCUUCCGCACGCAAUCCACUUGGCCACUUUAGAGACAACAGUGGAUGAUGCGGCAAGAGCGUCGUUUUUUGAGCGGAUCGGAUAUUGCCGAUCGACGCUGGGGCAGUACUGGGAGGCAGGAGCGAUGCAUCGGCAAGCGCUGGUGUUAAGAGAAAGAAGUAUGGGCAAUAAGAAUAUUUUGACGCUGAGCAAGAACAACUUCGCGGUAGCACUAGGCAAUCAAGGCAAGUACGCAGAGGCGGAAUCAAUGCACAGACAGACACUGGCAACCAGUGAGAAGGUGCUUGGUGUUGACCAUCCAGACACGCUGACGACCAUGAACAACUUGGCGGGAGUUCUGGGGCGCCAAGGCAAAUACGCGGAGGCGGAAUCGAUGCACAGGCAGACGCUGGCAACCAGUGAGAAGGUGCUUGGUGUCGACCAUCCAGACACGCUGACAAGUAUCUACUGCCUUGCUUAUCUUCUCGCAAAGCAACAUCACUACGCCGAAUCUGUUGAUUUGUAUAAGAGAGCAUAUACUAGGUACAGCUCUAUCCUUGGGGAGGACCAUCCCACCACACGUGCGUGUCUCCAACAUUAUUCUGCACUCCUUGCUUCGCGGGAGCAGUCUCUUCGUACAGAACAAGCCAUCUGCGCCGAAAGCGGGGCUUCUGGCAAGACAUCAAAGCUGUCACGUGCUCAGGGCAAGCUGGGCAUUAGGAACUCGAAAUUUUUCUAAUAUCUAUGAAUCAUAGCUUAGAAGAGCGCGUAUGAUAGAGAUAUUCUCUUUUUGCAAGACUGGCUCAGGUAUGGGUAUCAUGAAGCUUCGCCAUGCCACAUUAUUCUAAUACUAGUAACUUGCUUAUUUGACUUUACUCACUGCUUUUAUGUUCUUUUAGAGAUAUUGAAGGGUUUUAGUGAUCUUCUUCUAGCUACUUUUAUCUCUACAUAUAGCUGGACUAUCCUUUUUCUAAAAUGGAAAUGUGAAGUGUCUUUUUAUCUUAGCAAGGGCAGCUCGUUUGCCUUUGGAGGUUCUUAAGACUAUAUCUGUAUCUAGAUCUCUAUCUUAUUCUAUUGAUUGUCAU